GCCGAGCGCUCGGCGCUGGGGGCGCAGCUCAGCGCGGCCGAGGCCGCGGCGCUGGGCGGCGAGGGCCUGGAGCUGGCCGCCCUCGCAGAGCCGCUGGGCGGUUUGUACGCGUGGGCCAGCCCGGAGUGGCGCACCGGCAUCGGCGCCGGCCUCGGGGCACUGGGGCUCCUGUUGCUACUGCUCUUCUGUUGCUGCCAGCGCUCCGUGCGGGUCGCCGUGGCCGUGGUGCGCGCGUCCUCGGAGUGUUUUCUGGACCUGCCCACCCUGGCGCUGCAGCCGCUGCUUGCGAUGGUCUUUCAGCUCGGCGUGGUGGCCGCCAUGGCCGCCGGGUUCCUCCUGCUGCUGUCCUCUGGGGAGGUGACGCCCCUAAGCCUGGAGGACUACACGGUGUACGCAAGCCUGUCCGGCAGCAGCAACGUGAGCGGCGUGUUCCGCUCCUUCAAGUACGGAGAGGAUGAGCUGUAUCUGAUCGCCUUUUACGUUUUCAUGAUGUUCUGGGUGUGCGAGGCCGUGAACGCUACCUCCCAGUUCGUGCUGGCACACGCGGUCCAGCAUUGGUACUUCACGCCGUACGAGGGCGGUCGGAAGGAGGACGUUGAUUGCUUCCCACUGGCCAAAGGCUACACCGUAGGCAUUUUUUUUCACGUGGGCUCCUUCGCGUUCGGAUCCUUCAUCAUAGCCGCGACGAGGGUGGUCCGCAUCGUCUUGAGCUUUUUGGCCAAGCAGGCGCGCGGCGAGGGAAACGUUGUCGGAGAGGUUGCCGCGAACUGCUGCAUGUGCGUGGUCUCCUGUUUCCAGCGCAGCAUGGAGUUCCUUAACAAGAAC